AUGCCUAAAGUCGUCGCUCCAAUUCAACUAUCCCCUUCUCAUGUCGGCCUCUUCAAAGCUGCUGAGAUUACACCUGGGGUAUUAGAAGAAUGCAAUGUGCUUUUGGAGAAAAACCACGAAGCUUACCACAUUUUCUAUCGUGACCCGGCAUUCCACAAUCACAUGGUUCACAGUUUGCUCACAUGCUUAACUCUCGGUGCUAGUACCCAAGAGUUGCAGGAUCGUUACAAUGAUUUAGUUCCAAUCCAACGAGCCAUUCCGGAAAUUGAUGAAUCACUUCUCGCAAAAUUGGGAGAUGCGGAGGUAUUUUAUGACACUAUCGGUCAGAUUCAUCAAUAUCAUACCUUCUUGGAAUUUUUCAAGGAGGCAAUCGCCACCAAGGGAUAUCGCCAAGUAGUCUUGGAUUAUUUAUUCUCACACACCAAGGUAGCAGACCGUAUGCUCGUACAGAUUGUGGAGGGCGCAUACCAUCCUAUCAUUCAUCUGGGCUUUGGGGUAGAAUUCGACCAGCCAGCAAUCGUGGCCGAAGCUCUCGCACAAGCAGCAAGCCACGACCGCAUGAAUAUCGAGGAAGUACUCUUCGCCGCUGAGAAGAAAGCCUCUAUCGCCGGUCCUUUUGAUGACAAACCUAAGUCUCUCAUUGACCUGGUGCAAGAGCUACGUGCGAACGACAAAAUCCGGACUGCCGCAGUCUGGUCUGACCUUGGCAACAAGAUGAAGGACGGUAUUGUUGGACGAGCUAGCAAUGAGAUAGCCAGUGUGGCCGCUAAGUUUCAUAUUAAGAACGAUGAAGCUGAUCUGAACCGGCGAACGGCGGAAAUGAUCAGUCUAUGUGCGUACCUAUCUGGGGCUGCCCACGACGACAGCCACGCACGCAAAAUCGACUUUUUCAUCAUGCACACUGUUACUAGUAGCAUAUUUUGCACGGUUCUCAUUCGGGAAGACUGGAUUCCGCUUGCCGAUCGCGUGCGACUCGUUGAGUAUAAGGCGCGAACUGAUUUGCUAUGGUACGCUGCUAUCGGCUGCCCCGUGUUGGACGCCAGGGCCAUAACAGAGUAUAUGAAUCCGGAGAGUGAUGACUUGAGCUGGGUUGAUCUGUUCCGCGAUGUUUGUCGGGAGUCCGACGAUGGUCACGCAGCAAAAUUCAUUCGGGCGCUCAAGAACGGUCAGCAGACGGCUAAACAAUAUGAGGAAACUGAAGAGUGGGCAGCUUAUUUCCCUUGUAAAGGGGACAUGUGGUUGAAAAUUGCCCGUUUGUGCCAGGACACAACAAAGAAUACACCCCGGCCUUGGGAGCGCAAAUGGGUCUUCUUUGCUGGGUUUGAGGAAGCUUGGAAACGCCCGGAUUUAGUUGAGUCUCUGGGCCCAGCUAAGAAGCCAACAAACGGGGGUUGA